ACAGACAUGGCGCAAUCCAAAGAGUGGCAGAAAAUGCUCCGAGGCGAACUCUACUGGGCAUGGGACGAAGAUCUACAAGCAAACCGCACCCGGUGCAAAAAGGCCUGCGACGAGUUCAAUGCUGCUGGAUCCGCUUCCCGGCGUCGCAAGGUAGAAUUAUGGCGCAAUAUUCUCAUGGAUACUCGACCCAUGCCUCCAAUGCAUCCCGAUCCCAAGGAAGACGAGGCUCUAUUCGAAGAAACAGAUCCAUUUGUGGACGGUCCGAUCUCUGUGGACCAUGGAUUGAAUUUUAAGGUCGGCAAGGGUACUUUUCUUAACUUCAAUCUUCUCGUUCUUGAUACGUGCCUGAUCACUAUUGGCGAGAAUGUGCUUUUUGGACCUAAUGUUUGUAUCUACGGCGCGACUCACCCGAUGGAUCCUGCUGUUAGACGAGGACUGAAAGGGCCUGAGGGGGGUAAGGAGGUUCAUAUUGAGGAUGAUGUUUGGAUUGGUGGGAGUGCUAUUAUCUUGGGCGGUGUUCGUGUUGGGAGGGGGAGUACGGUUGGAGCUGGGUCUGUGGUUACUAAAGAUGUUCCUCCGUUUCAUUUUGUUGCGGGGAACCCAGCACGAGUGAUUCGUCGGAUUGAAAGUGAAAUGGAUACAGAGCAAUGA